GAUUUCCACAGAGUACUCAAGAAUAGCCUUCUUUGUAUCAGCAUUAAUCCUUGUAAUUGUAACAAAGUUUUGUUUAUAAUCUAUUUUUUUAUUUGCAAAUGCAUAUUUGAUGUUGAAAAAUUAUCGAGCUUUUCUAGGAACGGUACGAAACUUCACCACUGCCAAUAUGUCGGUGAAUGGAGCGAAGGUGACGGAAGGUUCUGCAACUAUUCUUUUCAAUGACCCUGAUGAGGUUUUCUACAAUCCUGUUCAACAAUUCAACCGUGAUUUGAGCACUACAGCCAUUCGCACAUGGGCUGAAAGUCGCGACGAAAAGGCGGUGUUGAAAGCAAAGCAUCGUCAGGAAAUUAUUGAAGCGUUAGAUAAAAAGAAUGAAAAUGAAGGAAAAGGAAAGUCAGAAAACUCAUCUCCGUCUCGUAGUGAAGAAACUACUGCUCCUGCCGAAAAUGAAAAAAAUAAAGGAACUAAAACCGAUGGAAGCAGUAACGUCGGAUUUAAUAUUUUAGAAGCAUUGUCCGCUACUGGGUUACGUGCCAUUCGUUAUGCUAAAGAACUCCCCAAUGUAAAAAAAAUUCUUGCUAACGAUUUGCUCGCUCGCGCAGUCGAUGCUAUCGAUGCUAAUGUUAAGCGCAACGACGUUGCUCACAUCGUUGUCCCCAACAAAGGAGAUGCUAAUGCUGUUAUGCACUCAUUUAAGAACCAGUACGACGUGAUUGAUUUGGAUCCUUAUGGUACUGCUACUCCUUUCUUGGAUUCAGCGGUGCAAUCCGUUGCAAAUAAUGGGUUACUUUGUAUAACUUGUACAGACUCUGCUGUACUUGCAGGAAAUGCGUAUCCGGAGAAGUGUUUCUCCAACUACGGCGGAACUUCAUUGCGGUCUGAUUUCUGUCAUGAACAAGCCGUUCGUCACCUUCUAUAUGCUAUUGCUAUGGCAGCAGCUAAAUAUGGACGAGCUAUCAAACCUAUGUUGUCUCUCAGUGUUGACUUUUACUUUCGUGUGUUUGUACAAGUAGAGACGAAACCAGCUCUUGUUAAAGAUCUCCAUAGGCAAUCCGCAAUAAUUUACCAGUGUUCUGGUUGCGGAAGCAACGCCCUUCAAUAUAUGGGUAAGACUGUUCCGGGAAGGAUACCGGGAAGUACAAAAUACACAAACGCUACCGGUCCUCCAGUUAGUGCUAAAUGUGAGCAUUGUGGAUACGUACACCAUGUGGGUGGUCCCGUUUGGGGAGGUCCUUUGCAUGAUGCUGAGUUCGUCGAACGCAUGAGAAAAAUUGCUGAAGGUCUAGAUGAAAAAACCUAUGGAACGAAACGCCGUAUUCUGGGAAUGUUAGCAGUAGUCGCAGAAGAAUUGCCUGAUAAACCUUUUUAUUUUGUUAUAUCUCAGAUUGCGAGCGUUCUACGUGCUCAAUCACCUCCGCAGAAUACAUUCGUUUCUGCAUUGCUUAAUGCAGGUUAUCGUGCUUCUGGGUCUCAUGCCAAGAGUAAUGCCAUUAAGACUGAUGCUCCAUGGUCUUAUAUAUGGGACAUAAUGAGAGCUUGGGUAGCAGAACAUCCUGUGAACUCUAGUAACGUUAAGCCAAAUUCUGCAGGUUCUAUGAUUCUUAAAAAGGAGUGUUCUUCAAAGGUUGAUUUUACCUUACAGCCUGGUGCUGAAUUUUCCUCCAAAAAAGCCGGAUAUACCCGUUAUCAAAUGAACCCUACUGAAAACUGGGGUCCUAAGGCAAAAGCGGGUAAAAGAAAAAUAGCUGACACGGAAGGGCAAACUAAGGAGUAAUUGGGAAAUUGGUAUAUUUGUAUUGUAAUAUAUUUUGAAUUUUUGGUCGUUUGGGGUGUGU